CUGACUGUGAAUUGUGGAAAAAUGGUCUUAUUCUCUAUUUUAAUUAUUUUAGCCUGUCUGCAUGUCCACAGUGUAAGGAGUGCUAUCGGUUCCUCGCAGAUAAACUGUGCAACUGGAACUAAUAUUAAUGUAGGGAGCGUCCUGGAGGGAUAUGAAGGUGAUGUAGAGAUUCUCACUAAUAUCGGACCUAAUGAUCGUCUGCUUCUGGAGGCAUAUCUCUUUCCUAUUGGUUUGGAAUUUCUGGAGCUGAUUUAUUCUGAUGGAGAUUCGACCGCUACUGUACGGACCAAAAAACCACUGGACGCUGAUGAACUAAAGGAGCAUGGAGAGAAAUUAUAUUAUUCAGUCACCUGCUCAGGAGGGCUAAAAAACAUCCGGACGGUAGACGUUCUGGACGUCAAUGACAACCCUCCGAUCUUCCAGAGCAAGUCAUACAGCGCCACAGUGUCAGAGACGACGACUGUGGGUUCAGAUGUGCUCAGGGUGAGGGCUGACGAUGCCGAUGUCUCUCCAGAAAACAACAGAAUUACGUAUUCAAUACUGCAUCCAGUACCAGAUGACUUUGAAGUGAGACAGGACGGUAACAUCAGGUUGAAACAACGUCUGAACUACAACAAUGUUCAACAGUACAUCUUCACUGUGAAAGCUGAAGAUAAAGGAGAACUCAGUGACACAGCAACUGUUACAGUAACGGUAGAAGAUUUUGACAACCUAAACCCUUAUUUUGAUCACAGUCUCUAUGAAGCAUCCAUUGAGGAAAAUCAGGCAGGACAAUUGUCAGACUUCACUCCUGAGGAAAUAAAAGCUCAAGAUGGCGACACGGGCAUCAACGAGCCUGUCGUUUACAGUAUAACAGCAGUCCUUCCAAAUGAUUAUCAGGGCAACUUUGAAAUUGACCGAAACAGUGGACUCAUCUCCGUGACAACAGCACUAGACAGAGAGGAAAUUGACCAGAUAACGGUUUACAUACAGGCAGCUCAGCAGGAUGAUGCCAGUAAGACGACAAACGCUGUGGUGUCUGUCACCAUUGAAGACGUGAAUGACAACCCGCCAAAAUUUGAGCAGGAUGAGUACACAGUGUCUAUUCUGGAAAAUUCACCUCAGGACCAGUUUGUGCUUCAGACUAGAGUCACUGAUCUAGACCUGGGUGGGUUCUCUAAAGGUCACUUUAUCAUGGACAGUGAUACCUUCGUUAUCAACAGUCAAGGAGUAAUAUCACUCAAGAGCGAUGCCACCUUGGAUAGAGAAACUAUAGGCAAUUACAUUAUACAGGUAAUAGCUGUAGACCAGCCUGAUGAUGGUUUAAGCUCCACAGCUCAGGUCAACAUCACCGUUCUGGACGUCAACGAUAACAACCCACAAUUCCUUCCUCUCCCAGAGCGCAUUGAGAUUCAGGAAGGUGUUUACACUCCCUCAUCACCUGGAGAGGUGUGCGUGAUAUCAGCCACAGACUCUGACAUUGGAGAAAACGGACGUGUCGCCAUCACUACUUACUCACACAGUGGACUAUUCAGCUUCAGAGAGGAUGGGACUCUACUAGCUAUCGAGGCGCUGGAUCGGGAGACACAGGACGUGUAUGAUGUGGUCAUUGUUGCAAUGGAUCAUGCAAUCCCACCAAGAAAUAACAUCACCACAGUGAGGGUCAGUAUCACAGACGUCAAUGACAAUGCUCCAGUCUUCAGCUCUGACACUUACAGCAGAAGCAUUCUGGUUAAAGACGCCAAGGUUGGAGAGGUGCUGCUGACAGUCUCUGCCACAGAUAAAGAUGCCGGAUCCAACUCAAUCAUUAGCUACAGUUUCUCUGAAAACUCUUCCAUGGUCACACUGGAUGCUGAAACAGGAGACAUCACUUUGACCUCUGACCUUAGUGAGGUCACAGAAGACAUGCUGCUAACCCUGACUGCUAUAGCGACAGAUCAUGGAACACCAGCACAGUCUGAUGAAGCCAAAGUCUUGAUUCAUUUCAAAACUGACGGUUUGGCUUUUGAGAGCUCCUCCUACAACUUUACAAUCAAGGAGAACGAACCUGAGGCCACGAUAGUAGGCAAAGUCAAGGCAUUAACAGGGAGUCCACUGGUUACAGUCAGCUAUAACAUGAAGUCACACAAGGAUGUCUUCUCUGUGGAUGGUGAGGGAAUUAUAAAAGCUCUCAGACCACUGGACAAGGAGGAAGAGGAGUGGUACAUCCUCACAGUAGAGGCCAUAGACUCCAGAACUCCUCCAAACACUGCAGAGACAAUGGUCAGUGUUCAGGUUGUGAAUGUGAAUGAAGCUCCUGUGUUUGAUGCUGCAAUAUAUGAGGCUCAAAUCCCCAGUAACUCUCCAUACAAAUUCCCUAUAGUGAAGGUUCAGGCAUCAGACCCUGAUGUGGGCGAGAGCUCAAAAUUGCAGUAUUCCCUACUGGAGCACUGUCCACUGCUGGAUGUAGAGGCAAACACUGGUCAGCUCUACGUACUGGAUGUAUCCGGUUUUGGAGACGGUCUGUUCACCUUACAGGUUAAAGCCACUGAUGAACUCGGACUGUUCACAAAUACAACAGUAAUGAUCAGAGUGAGAGAAAGUGCAAGUGACAACUUUGUGGUCAUUCCAAAAAAGCCUAUGUUCAAACUGAAGAAGAUGAUACCAAAGAAAUGAUACCCCUGCUCGGCAUGGGCUGUUUG